AACUGACAAAAAAAGGAACAAGCCUUUCUUGACAAAAGCGGCACAGCUAUCUGCACAGACCACAACCCACCGAGCCCAAGAGAGGCGAAAACGUUUCACAGAAAACGUGGGAAACAUCUUCAGAGAGCUGACAGAGGCACUGGGGUCGCCCAGGUUCCAUUUCCAGGUUGCAUUUCUCAAAACCUUGUGCAGAGGAGACUAAAGUAUGGCAGUAUGGGACCUGUCCGUCACAGUGGAAGACCUGGGGCCUGAUGCCCCGCCUGUCACCCUCAGCGUGACCUCUGAACUCCACGUCGGCGGGGUCAUCGUUAAGUUGGUGGAAAAGACACAGAUUAAGCGCGACUGGUCAGACCACGCAGUGUGGUGGGAGCAGAAGCAGCAGUGGCUGCUGAGAACAUCCUGGACCCUGGAGAAAUAUGGCAUCCAUGCUGACGCCCGACUGGUCUUCAUGCCCCAGCACAAGCCACUGAAGCUGGGUCUGCCCAACGGCAUCACCCUGAGGCUCCAUGCCUGCUUCUCCGGCCCCGUCUUUCGUACUGUGAUGGGCAUCUGCAGAAUGCUCAACAUCCGUCAUCCCGAGGAGCUUUCCCUCCUUCGGCCUCUCGAGGAAAAGAAGAAGAAGAAGAAAGAUUCAGCAGAGGAAAUCUACGACCUGACUGAGGUGCCCCUCUCCUCAGUGUCGCGGCCUUGUCUGUACAACGGAAUGCCCGCUCACUUCGCUGACUCGCCUCAGAUGGAGGCCAUCUACAAGAUGCUGUCAGUCACGCAGCCUCCCCCUGCCCCAGAGGUCAUAGCCAAGCAGUACCGUCCAGCCAGUGUGGUGGACAAGGCCCACAUCAAUGGCAGAUGGUUGGACUCAUCCCGUUCUCUCAUGCAGCAGGGCGUCCAGCAAAAUGACAGACUCUGGCUCCGGUUCAAAUACUACGCUUUCUAUGACAUAGAGCCCAAGUACGACGCCGUCCGUCUGACGCAGCUUUACGAACAGGCUCGCUGGGCCAUCCUGCUGGAAGACAUCGACUGCACUGAGGAGGAGAUGAUGCUGUUUGGAGCUCUGCAGUACCACAUCAGUAAGGUGUCUCAGUCCGAGCCCCAACUGAUGAGCUCCAGCACAGCCAUGGACGACCUGGAUUCAGCACUGCAGUCCCUGGAGGUCAAGAUGGAGGGAGAGGGCAGCUCUGCAUCCGAGUUGCUGGAAAACAUGACUGCACCAGAACUCAAUGACUAUUUGAAAAUAUUCAGACCUAAGAGGUUGACUCUGAAGGGAUACAAACAGUACUGGUGCAAGUUCCAGGACACAUCCAUCGCUUACUUCAAGAGCAAAGAGGAGAGCAUCGGAGAACCCAUUCAACAGAUACACCUCAAAGGAUGUGAAGUGGCUCCUGACGUUAACAUGGCUGCACACAGGUUCCUCAUCAGACUCCUUAUACCAGCACCUGAGGGUAUGAACGAGGUCUAUCUGCGGUGUGAAAACGAGCAGCAGUACGCUCAGUGGAUGGCUGCGUGUCGGCUGGCGUCCAAAGGCAAGAGCCUCGCAGACAGCAGCUUCCAGAGUGAAAUACAGAGCAUCCACACUUUCCUGGCAAUGCAGAAGACCAACACUGGUUCCCACGGCAACGUACCAGCCAGCGACGAAAGCAUCAAUACCCACAGCCUGGUGUCGCCACGCUACCAUAAGAAAUACAAAGCCAAACAGCUGACCCCUCGCAUCCUGGACGCUUACCAGAACGUGGCUCAGCUCUCGCUGACUGACGCAGUGACGCGUUUCCUGCAGAUCUGGCAGGCCCUGCCUGACUUUGGCCUCUCAUAUGUUGUCGUCAGGUUCAAAGGCAGCCGAAAAGACGAGGUACUGGGCAUCGCCCCCAACCGCCUGAUCCGCAUCGACCUGGGGGUGGGUGAUGUGGUCAAGACCUGGCGCUACAACAACAUGAAGCAGUGGAACGUCAACUGGGACAUACGACAGAUGGCCAUAGAGUUCGAAGGCAACGUCAACAUAGCUUUUAGCUGCGUGACCGCCGACUGCAAAAUCGUUCACGAGUUCAUCGGAGGCUACAUUUUCAUGUCGACUCGCAGUCGUCAGAAGAGUGACACGCUCAACGAGGAACUCUUUCACAAGCUGACCGGCGGCCACGAGGCUCUAUAAUGCUGAGACGCACAAACACGACAAAGGCCGCCACACCUUCUGCAAAACAUCCUGGGACUUUAUGUUGCAUUCAGCCAACCACAGAUAACAACAGUAUGUCUGUUCAUGUGUAAACCCGCGACAACUGGUCUGUCCACUUGGGUUAUUUUCAAGCCUUUGUUUCACACACACACACACACACACACACACACAGUGUCAGCUGCAUCAGAGAAUGGACAAUGUGACAUGUCCACACAGGUGAAGACUCAGUGGUCCUCAUGAUGGCUCCCACUUUCCCUCAGGAUGGACGACCGGUCAACCAAACCACUGGUCAUCUGGUUCAACAUCAGCAGGACAAAAUACUCUAAGAGGUGUAAAAGGAGCAGCAACUUCACUCUUAUCAACUUGACUCAUUAUCAGUGUUACUUAGGAUUCAAAGCUUUACUAUUAUCACACAGGUAAAUGGUGCAUGACUGCUGCCACAUUAUUAUUAUUAUUGGAGCCAAUUGAGGAAACAAAGUGUGUACAACGAAUGCCAACACAUAAUGUUUAUCACACAAAAAUAAACACACAUUUAUUAAAAAUAAACACUUGAUCGUCUUGUUGUUGUCUUCACUCCGUAUAGCUGUGACAUAUGGUAGCGACGUCUGUUGUUUGUUACACACAAAGCUUCGGACCAAUUAUCUCCUCUCACAUGCUGCGAGUGUGUCCAUAUCUUACAGAAACACUGUCAAGUAAAACCCCAGUUUUUGCAUCCUCUGCCAUCCCAUAGUCACAUGACUAAACCACACAUGCAACGUCUUCACCAGUGUCUCUGUGUUUGAAAGCUUGUCUUGUUGUUGCCAGCAGGCACUGUGUGUGGUGAAAUUGUGUUGUAAUCUGUGUGUGCAGAAGAGGAAAACAAAGUCUCUGUACUCGCCACUCGACGUUGACUGGCUAAUAACAAUAAAGGUGCUUCUCCACAGACA